CAUUGUGUGAAGAUGUGUCCCACGAUGCGCUUGUUGGUGCUUAUAAGCAUGAUAGGAUGUGUUGAACUGAUCUCGGUCAAGACUCCCCAGAAAUAUGUCAACGUUACAAGGGGUGAGAGUGCCCUGCUCCAAUGUAUGUUUGUGUCUAUCGAGCAGACCACGGCCCUCACCAUCCAGUGGGACUUUGUUUCACCGUCCUCCAUGACGCCACAGCAGGUGUAUUACUACCAGGCAGGCAAGGAUGUCAUCCCAAGUACUUAUGGAGGCAGGAUUCAGCCUCCGUAUUCUCCUGGCACGACAAAAAACGCCUCAAUAACAAUAAGCAACAUGCAACCAUCAGAUUCCGGAGUCUACACUUGUCAGGUUCACAACUUUCCUGAUGUGGACGGACAGUCUGAGGUCAAUAUCAUUGUGAAUGUUCUCGAGAGGCCCAGUGCUCCUUAUUGCUCCGUCCACGGUGAUGUGGAAUCGGGUCACCUGGUCACUCUGACCUGCCACAGUGCCUGUGAGCGUGGGAGCCCGAGCCCGAAAUACACUUGGACCAAACUGGAUCAGACUAAGACAAGGAGGCCUGUCCUGGGAAGAGCAACUGAAGCAGGAAUCCUGGAAAUAAGAAACAUAUCCCAGUUUGAGUUUGGGGAGUACCAGUGCAACGCUACAAAUGCGGUGGGAUUUUCAACAUGCACUAUUGACCUGAGUCAUGAAGUGGGAGAUGGAGUGAUUGCUGGUGCAGUGAUCGGCGCGUUGCUCGGGUGUGUCCUGAUCAUUCUGGUUGUGUGGUUCAUUGCUCACACUCUGAAGAAACACAGAUACAACAAGGUCAAAGAAUCAGAGGCCAAUGAGAUGAAGAGGAGCGCUCCUCAGGCCCGGGAAACCUCAGAUAGGGUUACCGUGGCAACCCCAGCCAGCAACCUCCAUGCCGAGGGAGAUGAGCCACAAGCCUAAAAAAAGCCUGUUGAAAACGUCACUCUUCAGAAACAGGGAGUCCAGGAUGUUCAGUCUUUAACAUACGUCAUUCUCAAAUUUAAUCAAUAUGACGAAGCUCACGUUCGUGUUUGAACUUGCAUAUUGUUACAUGUUUUCUGAAUCAUGGAGUCAUAUGCUCACCAUUAAUUCAAUCUUUAACAUAUCUUUUGUGUGUUUUUUUACUUAAAAUGUGCUUUUGUAGUUCUAUUGUUUGUUUUACCAUUUCAUAGUUAGAGUGCCAAUCAAAACAUGUUAAAGAGCCCUACAUUAGUCAUUCAAGCUACAUAAUAUUAGAACAAAUACAUUAAUUGUAUGAAAUAGGACAUUAAAAAUGAAACUAGAGGGUGGAAUCUGCAUUAUGCAAAUUAUCAGCAUGAUUACCUACUUAUGUAUCAAGACAGUAUUGUCUUUAAAAAACUAAUUAUUUAUAAUUUGGUUUUUUUUAUGAAAUUAUCUCAAUGGUUCUUCAUAGGAUAUUCAGACCAUUAUAACAGCAGCAAACUGCUAUUUGCAAUGUAAAGAUAUAUUGGAUUAAUCUCUACCUGAGCAAAGAAUCAAGUCACUCCCUCUGUGUGUGUGUUGUAGUCAAAGCUUCUCUGUGCUUUGUUGACAUAGCCGGUCCGGUAAUAUACUGCACGUUUUUACAAGUGUGUGUGCACGACUAGCUAGCUCAUGGCCGCAGCCAUAUAUGUAUUUUUGUUUUUUACAGCUAAUGGGAAGUACAAACUAACUUAACUCAUCUUUAGGUAAUUUUUUUUACUUUAUGUAAUGACGU